UUCAGAAGAUCGGUUGUUGCCCACUUCUGUGCCAUGGCCCAAAUGUCUCUCUUUGCCCUCUUACUCCUCACCUCCUUCACCGGUGCCUUGGCCCAGUUCACCUUGACUCAGCCACCUUCUCUGUCAGCAUCCCUUGGAGAAACAGUCAGUCUCACCUGUGCCAGGACAGGGGGCAGCUUUUCAGACCGCUACGUGCACUGGCAUCAGCAGAAACCUGGCAAUAGGCCCCUUCUACUCAUCUAUAAAGAUAGCGAGAGACCUUCUGGAAUCCCCGAGAGAUUUUCUGGUUCUGUUGACACUUCGUCCAAUGUGGCCACCUUGUCCAUCUCCAACAUUCGUGCAGAAGACGAGGCUGAUUAUUACUGCUCAUCUUCUGACAGCAGUGAGCAGAGCACAGUGAUUCAACCGUAUGGGGAACUGAGACAAAAACCCAGAAGGUGUCUUUGCCCUGCUUGGAACUUCCACCUUGUGUUGGUUGGCAUUGAUGCUCAGCCCACCUGGUCUCAGCUUUCCUCCAGCUCCGUCUCUCCAGGAGGAACGGCUACACUCCCCUGCACAACAACUCAGAGUACCUACUGGAUUGGUUGGUACCAACAGAAGUCUGGAGAAGGGCCUCGCUUUGUCCACUGCGAUACCUGCAGCAACAGGGGACCAGGGAUCCCCGAUCGGUUCACGGCAACCAGGUCUGGGAGCAGUGGAUCCUUAACCAUCACCAAUGCGCAGGCUGAGGAUGAGGCAGAUUAUUACUGUGGUAGCUGGAACAGUGCAGUCACCGUGUUGCACGGUGGUAGAUUCUUUCAGGGAAGUGUGACAGAAACCUUCACCUUUCGACCUCAGCACAAAAGAGUCAACCGCACACUCUGA